AAGAAAUUCUCCUCACGCCACACCGGAAGCGGCAUCAGAGCGGGAAAGAGCGGGAUUGACGGCCACAGGCAACAAGCCCCGCCUCUUCCUGUCUCUGCUUGUUUUCCUCCUGCAGGGCUCUCUGCAAAGGAAGAGAGAGGAUCAACGGGGGCUUCAGUCCUGCUUUGGACGAAAUCAAAACAGAUCUGUUUGUAAACAUUCCAGAUGCCAAUGAGGAAGACCAGGAAAGAGAAUUGUGGGAUUCAUCUCAAUGACCUGUUCUUUGCUCUAGGUUCCUUCUAUGGAGAUGACUAUGUGUUUUGUGAAGCCGGAAUGGGAUCUUCUGGAUCCAGGCCAGGAGGACCUCUGCAAGGAUGUCAAGGUGGAGGACGAUGGCGAAGUGACCUCUGUGGCUGAAAACGAGCAAGAGAGUGAGAAUGAUUUGGAAGCAGCUCUAAUAUCCUCGGAAAUAAGACGGCAUCAAACAAGCCGAGAGAUUUUGGAAUAUCAAAAAAGAACGGAAAGGGAUGAAGGAAACCCUUCACAGACCGGAAGGACGAAUCCGUUUGCUUCUCAGUGGUAUGACGGCUGUGAAGUCCUGACGUUACAGGAAGACCCCAAAGGAGAAAGAAAAGAAAACUGUCCUGUCUGUGGGAAAGUCUUCAAAGAUACAUGGCUUUUGAAUGCACACUGCAGGAGCCACACAGGAGAGAAACCAUUUCAGUGCAUGGAGUGCGGGAAAACCUUCAGUCAGCGUGGAAAUCUGUAUUUACAUCAAAGAAUCCACACAGGGGAGAAGCCAUAUAAAUGCCUGGAAUGUGAAAAGAGCUUUAGCGUGAGUCGGAGUCUCUUGUCGCAUCAGAGGACCCACACAGGGGAGAAGCCCUAUACGUGCCAGGAAUGCGGAAAGAGCUUCAGCCAGAGUGGGUCUCUGCAGUCACAUGAAAGGACCCACACAGGAGAGAAACCCUAUAUCUGCACUCAAUGCGGAAAGUGCUUCAGUCGGGAUCGAAACUUGCGUUCGCACCUCAGAACCCACACGGGUGAGAAACCCUAUCAAUGCAUGGAAUGUGGGAAGCGUUUCAGCCAUAGCGAAUCGUGUGCCAAACAUCAAAGGACCCACACCGGAGAGAAACCGUACAACUGCCCGGAAUGUGGAAAGAGCUUUGGUUAUAUCGGAAGUCUUCAGUCACACCAAAGAACCCACACUGGAGAGAAGCCAUAUAUAUGUAACGAAUGCGGAAAGAGCUUUGCUAACAGGGGAAAUCUCGAUGCGCAUCAAAGGACCCACACGGGGGAGAAACCUUAUGUAUGCGUGGACUGUGGAAAGAGGUUCAGUAAUAGCGGACUUUUGGAUUUACAUCAAAGAACGCACACAGGAGAGAAACCGUACAUGUGCAUGGAAUGUGGGAAGAGCUUCACUCGCAAAGGUUACCUACAUGCACAUCAGACAACCCACACGGGAGAGAAACCUUACACGUGUGAUGAAUGUGGAAAGAGCUUCCGCCGACAUGGACACUUGCAUUUGCAUCAAAGGACUCACACAGGGGAGAAACCCUACGCGUGCACUGAGUGUGGAAAGAGCUUCACCAACAGCGGAAAUCUCGAUUCACAUCAAAGAACCCACACGGGGGAGAAACCAUAUAUGUGUCUGGCGUGUGGAAAGGGCUUCAGUCAGAGUGGAUCUCUGUGUUUACAUGAGAGAACGCACACGGGAGAAAAACCUUACGCAUGCACGGAAUGCGGAAAGAGCUUCAGUCGGAGUGACAAUCUGCAUAAACAUCAAAGAUGUCACACAGGAGAGAAGCCAUAUAAGUGCACGGACUGUGGGAAGAGUUUCAAACAGAAUGGAUCUCUGUGUGUACACGAAAGAACCCACACAGGAGAAAAACCAUACAUGUGCACAGAAUGUGGGAAGAGCUUCAUUUCUAAUGGGGUUCUGCAUGCGCAUCAGAGAAUCCACACAGCGGAGAAGCCUUACAAGUGCAUGGAAUGUGGAAAAUGCUUCCGCGAGGGUGGACAUCUGCAGUCCCAUCAAAGGACCCACACAGGAGAAAAACCGUACACGUGUCCCGAAUGUGGCAAGAGCUUCCGGGAGAGUGGGCACCUGCACUCCCACCGGAGAACCCACACGGGAGAGAAACCGUAUAAAUGCACGGGGUGUGCGAAGAGCUUUACUAAUAGUGGGUCUCUGUAUUUACAUCAAAGAACCCACACAGGAGAGAAACCGUACAUGUGCGUGGAAUGCGGAAAGAACUUCACUCGCAAUGAGCAUUUGCGUUCACAUCAGAAAAUUCAUACAGAGGAGAAACUUCUGUAUGGUUAGUAGCCAGCUGCAAUAAAUCGAUACUUACUGAGAGGUCAUAAGAUCAAAACUUGGGUCGGAUUGAGCUCCCGACCAUUUAAUAGCCUAGCUCGCUGUUGACCUGAGCAGAUUGAAAGACAGUUGCAUCUGUCAAGUAGAAAAUUUAGGUACCGCUUUAUGCGUGAGAAGGGAAUUGUUUCAUCAGUACAGGGUCUCUGUGUUGAAUGAAUUAAUUGCUCUUUCUGGCAGUAUUGAAGGAAUUAUCCCAGGUUCCUGUCUCCUAGUAAGAGGCAGCAAAGUUGGGGCUUGUUCAAGAUCUGUGUAGGGGCCCCUCUCCACCUGCCAGCUUUUACAUAUGGGAUGAAGAGCGGCAUACAUCAGUUUGAGUUUAAACCUCCCUGUCCACCUCCAUUAGGAAAAGAAGUGGGAGAAGAUUGGAGUAAAUUGGGAGAAGAUUGGAGUAAAUGUCGGUUAUAAAAUCCUUGCCAGAAACUGUGAGGGUUUGUAAAAGAGGCGAGUUAACUGGAAAGGGCAUGUGUCAACAGCUGAUUGGCUGAGCCAGUGAGGAGCCAGGAUUCUGAUUGGCUGCUGUCUCUAGCUUGGUGCUGAGGCAAACUGUUUUAACUGCCACUUUCAUCUCAGAGAGGGAAGAGAGCAGCUGACUGGAAAUUGGUCAGAAAGGAAAUGGCUGCCAUACUCUCCGAAGCCUGAUUAUUUAUAAGGCAAAUGAGGCAUAUUUAAAGACUGUAUAAAAGGACGGUAUAUUCCCUCUGUUCUCUGUGUGAAUUCAGAGAGACUGCUGUAUUUAUUUUUGAUCUGUUUGAUCUUUUGAACUGAAGUAAAGAUACUGUUACUUGUUA